AUGCGCCUGCGCAAUAGAGGCUUGACAGACACGCCCACAGAGCAGCCAAUCCCCCAGCGGCACCUUGGCCUUGAGCACGCCAAUGGCCUUGAGGCCGAACAGGACAAAGAUGCGUUCAAAGACAUCUCCGUAUACUUCUGCAAGGAACAAUGGGAAGAGAUGGGAAAAUGGGAAAUAAUCCGAUAUAGGAAUGUGAAAAGAAACUACGAAGCACUGAUUGCUAUAGGGUUCAGAGCCACUCGGCCGGAUUUCAUGCCUCACCGCAGGCAGGUCAUCAAGCCCCAGGUAGAUGACACUGAGGAUUCUGAUGAAGAAUGGACACCAAGGCAGCAAGGUAAACCUUCUCCGGUGCCCUUCAGAGUGGAGCACAGUAAACACCAGAAGAGAAUAUCCAGGGCACCAUUAAGUAAGGAAUCUAGUUUGAAGGAAGUGACAGGAGCAGCAAAAUCACUGAAGACAAGUGGCUCCAAGCAGGCUCAGAAACCAGUGUCCCAUCACAGAAAAGCAAGGACCCCUGGACAGCACCCCAGACAAAAAGUCGAACUCAGAAGAAAGGAGACUGGAGUGAAGAGGUACAGUCUACGAGAAAGAAAGGGACACGUGUACCAAGAGGUCAGGGAGCCGCAGGAUGACGACUACCUCUAUUGUGAGGACUGUCAGAACUUCUUCAUCGACAGCUGUGCUGCCCAUGGGCCCCCAACCUUUGUAAAGGACUGUGCAGUGGAAAAGGGGCAUGCCAAUCGCUCAGCCCUCAUGCUGCCCCCUGGGUUAAGCAUCAGGCUGUCGGGCAUCCCUGACGCUCGGCUUGGAGUGUGGAACGAGGUGUCCGAUCUGCUGCUGGGCCUGCACUUUGGCCCCUAUGAGGGCCAUAUCACAGAAGAUGAAGAGCCGGCCAACAGUUGAUAUGCCUGGCUGAUCACCAAAGGGAGGAACUGCUACGAGUAUGUGGAUGGAAAGGACAAGUCUUGGGCCAACUGGAUGAGGUAUGUGAACUGUGCCUGGGACGACAAGGAGCAGAACCUGGUGGCCUUCCAGAAUCACGGGCAGAUCUUCUACGGAACCUGCCAGGUGGUCAGGCCGGGCUGUGAGCUGCUGGUCUGGUACGGGGAUGAGUAUGGUCAGGACCUUGGCAUCAAGCAGAACAGCAGGGGGAAGCAUGAGCUUGUGACCAGGAGAGAAGGGGUUCAAGAGGCUGAAGUCCGCCCGGCCACCAGAAGACACCAAGUGGAGAGUGGGCCACGGGGCGGGGGACGGAGGGACAGCGGCCAGGCCCCACCUGACACCGUGACUGCCCUGCACGGGCACACAGGACACCAGCAAUCAUGGGACGGACAGCAAGCUGCCUCCGCUGCACGCUCCACCCUGACCACGGUGGCCCCGUGGCUGUACCAGCCCCGCCGGCUCACGGCUCUGCUUGUCUGCCGGGGCUCGGGGACCCUGGCACAGACCACCAUCGGAAACGGCCUCCCCACCACCUGCGUGACCUCAGUGUACCUGGCGAUGUCACGUCCUCGAUGA